CAUCACUAUGGUGAAAGGACCAAUUAAAAAGCAGUGCAGUGCGAGCCUUCAUUUACAUACGAGCUCUAUAAGUAGCGUGUAGGUCGUCUUCUUUACUGCAGUUGUCGACUGAUCGUUUUUGGCGUUUACUGCUUCUUUACGAAACAGAACCAUGCCGGAUCCGGCCAAGUCCGCUCCUGCUCCCAAGAAGGGAUCGAAGAAAGCCGUUACAAAGGUCCAGAAGAAGGACGGCAAGAAGCGUAAGCGCAGCCGCAAGGAGAGCUACUCCGUCUACGUGUACAAGGUGCUCAAGCAGGUGCACCCCGACACCGGCAUCUCGUCCAAGGCCAUGGGCAUCAUGAAUUCGUUUGUCAACGACAUCUUCGAGCGCAUCGCGGGCGAGGCGUCGCGCUUGGCGCACUACAACAAGCGCUCGACCAUCACGUCCCGGGAGAUCCAGACGGCCGUGCGCCUGCUGCUGCCCGGCGAGCUGGCCAAGCACGCCGUGUCCGAGGGCACCAAGGCCGUCACCAAGUACACCAGCUCCAAGUGUGCUGCAGACUGCAGCAACUCGCGGUCUUGUGGCGUUGCCUAGGGAUAGCAUUGUUUGCUGAACACAAAAGUCCUGUCCACCUGGUUUUGGGUCUGGCGCAGAGGUCUUUACUGGGAGUCCUAACCUCACCAUUGUCCCUUGCCUUCCUCAGUCCCAGUGACUUGAAGUCAAAUUCCGCUUUGGGGUCCCAUGGGACAUUUUUAAACAUCUAUUGAUUAUCGUGUCGUAGGAAGGGCAGAGGUGCGCAAUGCUGCUACGCAUCCUGAAAAAGGGCAAUUCGGUUCACGACCACCGCAGGUAGAAGUUAGUGAGGCUUUUUGCCCCAAGACCUCUUAACCGAAGAUGGAGCCCCAUCUUCCUCUGACCCUGGCUUUAUCUGCAGCCCCUGUUAGCGCUCUGCACUCGGUGGUUAAAUUAGCCUCCAGCUCUGCUGCGUGAACGCUGUGCUUGCGAGGUUUCCUAGUGCUCGCAGGUUGAAGUGAGGCCUGGGAAGGAAGUCUUGGCCUCCUCUCAUAGGUUUUGGGAGUAUCUGCAUAGUAGGCUCUCAAAUCUGGGUGCCUCAGGUCAGAGCUUGUCACAGGUGCUCUGUGGUAGGAAUUUGAGGAUGGAAGGAGAAUAAUGUGUGAUAUACAAGAAGUUGAUAGAAUGAAUUUCUGAAGACGCCAGUCUGCGCCACUUAGGACUUGUUCCCAUAACAACUAGUGGGUUUCUUUUCACUGAGUAAAACACACGUUAAGACAAUAAGCAAGUUACAAUUAAAGGUUUUAAGUCAAUUUUUUUUUUUUACAAAACAAUUUUACUCCCAACACAGGAAUUAAAAUUUUACACUAGUCUAAAUUACAUAAAAUGUACUAUGAUUUCAUUUCUUCCCAGAAAUUUUUAAGGUCUCUCCCCUGUCUUUGUCUCAAAUGACCACUAGACAAAAGGCUGUGGGAAGUUGACUCAAUUGAGAUUCUAAAAUUUCCAGCAAAAGGUAUGAAAUGAAUAUGAAAACAUUUUAGUGGGAAAAAAAUUAGGCCAAGGAGGUUUUUUUAAAUAUGUAGUCACACCACCAGAAAGUCCUAAUCUGGGACCGGAAAGUUGGAUUCCCCGUCUCAUCUUUCCAGGUUGUUAAAGCCUUGCUUGUUGACUCAAUUAGCAACCCAAGAGCUAGCAUUUGUUAUUUAUUGAGCAAACAAGUCUUAAAUCCUCAUCCUGAGACUGAAGACCUUCUAUCACCUGGCCCAAAACUCUUAAAUUACCCCUCCUGUUGCCUAGCCAGGAAGACCUGCUUUGCAAUGCAUCUUGAAUUUCUCUUCUCUGUUUUCUGAUAUUCUCCCGAGGUUUUGUACAGUUGUUCUC